CUUAUUAUUAUUAUUAUUUUUGUUAUUAUUAUUAUUAUUCUUAUUAUUAUUAUUACUAUUAUUCUCUACAGUAUUUAAAGCCAUAGUCGCCUUAGAAGAAAUCUUAGAAAUCUUAGAAAUAUUACCCUUAGAAAUAUUUCAACUAAAGCUUCAACCGAAAAAGGCAAUCUUUAAUAGAGUGAAAUAAACCAGGUUUUAACAUAACACGUAGAUCGUGCUAUCGAAUCUCACACUCAUUUCUGGGAAUCACUACAACAAUGCAGGGUUGAAAACGGUCUCAGCAAGGUUGUAGCAAGUUGGCAAAUUCAAAUUUUAAAUUCAACUCGAAACGUGUUUCAUUGAAAUAUAUCAAAAACUUUUAGUUACUGCUAAAUGCACUGCUAAUCGCCUUCAAUUCGCCGGCGAAUAAAAGGCGAUUAGGAAGGCAUUUAAAGGAAGUUUGUAGGUAGGGUGCAUUAACCCAACAUGACUUAAAACCGGAGCCGAUUCUCGGAGUUGAGUCCAGAGCCGAUUCCAGAGUCGACUCCGAGGCCGGAAUCGAUUGACUUCAGAAAUGGAAUUAGCUCCGGAAUGAGCAUCAGGUUUUGAAUAAAAAAAAAGUCCGGAAAUCUCCAUCAGAAUGGAUCGUUUACGAGUAAAUGUUGAUUCUUUGCGGAUAUCAAUAUGCAGCAUCAUUGGACCCAAGCGCUGCAUAUUGGGGACCUUACGGAGAUGCCGAAACCGUCUUAAAUUUCGAAGCCGAUUCGGGAAACUGAUUCCAGUCCUACUAUCUGGAAUCGAUGCCAGAAAACUUUCGAGAAGCUGGAAUCAAUUCCGGCGAAAACUUCAUUUUCCCAUCACUAGCCCCUUUUACCCAGUUUGGACGAGAUCAUUGUGGAUGAUCCCUCUGAUCAAGCUGUCAAACAUGUUUAUAUUCUACCAUCGGGUGUGUUUGUGAAGACAAAGGCAGUUGUGUUCGAAUCGCCGACGGAAGCAGACCACACCCCGUGCUCAGCGCGCUUACCUUGGAGUGAUUUUUUUCCUGCAUCUUUCAAAAUGUUUCCUCUACCCUCCAACUGUGACCCGGUCUUUACGAUGGCAGCGCUGGGUCCAUAUGUUGUGAUUGAACCUCUGGACUCUGAAUACGUAGUAAAUGACACCGGCCCGGCAGCGUGUGCCGAAGCGACACCGAACACUGAUGGGGGCGGCGAGCCCGAACAGCAGAGCGACGACGACGACCUCAUUUGCCUAUGGGAAGAGCCGCAAACGUUCGGCAUAUUCGACGAACCGGUCGGCACAAACGUCCCAUUCGACGGGGCUGAUGAACGGACUGCGAGCGAAUAUGCGGCACUAGUGUGCGACGACGCGCUGUUCGACAUACUCGUGAAAGGAACCAACCGGCACCGAAAGCAGUGGGCAGAUUGUAUGCGGGCUGGAGGGCAAUCAGUUGAACCGUACCGGAAAGUCACCGUGGCCGAGAUGAAGCGGUAUGUCGGCCUGCUGCUGGUGAUGGGGCAGGUCAGAAAAGACUGCCAGCACUGCUACUGGUCGACGAACCCGCUGCUCGAGACGCCCGUGUUUGCGAACACCAUGAGCUAUAAGAGAUUUCAACAGAUAAGUCACUACUUUCACGGGAUGAAGCAGGCCAACCGAACGUACGAUGCGAAACCGGUGCUGGACCACCUGGUACCGAAGUUCCAGGCACUGUACGCACCGAAGCAGCAGCUGAUUGUGUCGGAACUAACGAUACCGCAGGACGUGCUAAACGGCCAGCAAACCGAGCCGCCCAACCACAGCGAAGACGCACAGGGAAGCACGCCGGAAAGCGCAAAGCGGCUAAGGCUGCUGUGCGAAAGUGACACCGGCUAUGUGCUGAACGUGGAACUUGCCAACCAGCAGCUGGACCAGGUCGCCCUCACGGACGUGUCCAUCGUGCGCCCGUACUACGGCCGCUGGCACCAUGUGUACUGGGGCAACGACGGGAUCACCGCCGCUGCGGCGGAAACGCUGUACGCAAACCAAACGCUCGCCUGCGGAACGCUCCGGAACGAUCCGGACGGAACGGUGGCCCCCGAGCGGAAGAGUCCGGUCCUGGUGAUGGACGGGCAGGGCAAACGCAUUCUCUCGACGAUACACGGUGCGGCUGCGAUGCAGCCUACAGAGGGCGAACCGCAAGGCCCGCCACCGGCCUGUGUGGCGGACCUAAACCGACACUUGGCAGAUCUGGAACGGUUCGAAGGUUUGCUCGUCGAAGAAUACCUGUCGAACGCAAGCGUCGGGUGGCACAUACGCACUGUACUGUUGCUGAUCAAUGUGGCGCUGCUCAACGCGUACAUCCUGUUCUCCCAGACCGACACGGGUAGCCGAUUUACGUUCAACGUAUUCCGGCUAGCGGUCGCCAGGGAAUGGGUAGGGGCGAGUGAGCCACUCGAAGAGCCCACAAAAUUUCUCCCAUUGAUCCGAGGAAGGAAGCGGAAAUUUCUCCCAUUGAUCCCAGGAAGGAAACGGAAGGAAACGGGCCUACACAACAGGGUGCCAAAACAUCCUGCCCGAAACUAACGGGGAACGCAAGCCGAUGUAGGAACCGUGCAACGAACUGCGUAGAGCGCUUGGGUUGGAGCAUCUUCAACACCUGUGAAUUUACGCGAGUACGCGAACUCCCAAUAUCAACUCCUAAUUCGACCGCUUAAUGUUUUUUUUUUGAUAAUAUUUUAAUAUUUUGAUAUAUUUUAUGCUCUUUUAGCAACUUUAUGUGCAAAUAAUACCUGCUGGUCAAUAAAAUAUCUCUUACAGUAUGUUUCUUCCUGUUACCAGUAUGGCUGUGUCCUUCCCGAGAUCCUGUGUGAUCUUUCAGAACUUCAGAACUCGCUCGCGUAAUCCGCUGACAUUCAAUUAUUAUGUCGAUUCCUGUGUAAUUAACCGUGUUACUGUUGUACUUGCAGAUCUUGGGGUUCUGCUAGAACGAGAUCUGCUCAGUAGGAGUACGUAAUUGGUCGUACUAUGUAGACUAUUGGUCACUCAUACGCAGAAUGUGUAGAGAUCUAGGGGACGUUACUUGUAGUCAGGUCCGUCCUGUACUUGAAUAUGCAUGUUGUUGGAGUUAGAAUUAUUAUUUUCGAAGAUCAAUUUGAAUUUUGCAUAAACUAAACGGUAGGAAACUAAGGUUAGGGUAUAAACAAGCUCGAUGUAAAUAACUGCUCGAACCAACACUCAUUGUUGGUUUACUGUUGGACAACAUCGAUGCACCAUCAUUAUCGUCGCAAUGGUCCUUUGGUAAUCUGUUUUACAUCGAUUUAAUGUAUGUUAUGACUCGAUUAACAAAAUUAACUUCUUCUGCUGCUUCUCUGUUACCAUUUACGAAGCCUGCCCGUAACUUUACCUACUCCGUUGAUUUCUUUCCAAUGAGCUAUAAAUGUACAAUUUCCGCACCUGUGAGUUUAUGUGAAAUUAGUUUAGUUUUGCUAGCUUAGCUUAAUGUUUAGGAUUAAUCGUAAUUGUAUAGCCAGUGUAGGCAUACGAGUGAAAUAAAAUGAAAUAAAAAAGUAAAAUAAAAUAUAGCUGGUAACUUUGAA